UCUCGACGGCGAGGUGAGCAGAGCUUACUGCGCGGGCGAGCGGGGAAGUGGUGCGGUGCGGUGGUGGAGAUGCAGGCGGUGGCCGGGAUCCGGCGGGGGCUGACGAUCGACCCGGCGGGGGAGGAGGAGGCGCCGGCGGAGCGGGUGGGGCGGCUGGUGCGGGAGAGCCCCGUCGUGGUGUUCGCGCGCCAGGGCUGCUACAUGGCGCACGUCAUGAAGCGCCUCCUCGCCGCCGUCGGCGCGCACGCCACCGUCAUCGAGCUGGAGGGCGCGGCGGAGGCCGAGCUGGCCGGCGCCGCGGCGGCCGCGGCCGCGGGCGCCCCGCUGCCGGCGCUCUUCGUCGGCGGCGCGCCCGUCGGCGGCCUCGAGGGCCUCAUGGGGCUCCACCUCAGCGGCCGCCUGGUCCCACGCCUCAGGGAGGUCGGCGCCCUCUGCGCCUAGCCCCGCCACGUGUCCACGCUCGCUUCGUUUCGCUUCCCGCGCGCGCCAACUCCGAGGCAUCGUCGUCUUCCUCCCUCCCUCCCCAAUCUCUCUACCAUGGCCAGCUCCAUGUACAUAAGCUGGGCUAGCUCCGCCAUUUCCGAAAUCCAGAGGGGGCGGGAUGAAAAAUUCCACGCCAAAAUAAUACUAUUUUGUUUGGCUGAUGUGUUUUUUCUGUGGAAACCAAAGGGGUUUAGUGAACAAUUCCUGGACCUAAAUGUGAUUAUUACUUAAUUAGGUGCAAUGCGAUCAAAUUUUGUCUUUCGCACCUUUGUUUUUACUUUUUUACAGCAGUUAUUACACCAUUGCAUGCAUGCAAUCAACUCGAUCAUCUUGGUUAAAUUAAGUGAUCUCCUCUUCUGUU